AUGUGUGCGUUUACAAACCAUUUGUUUGAUGCCCUUUAUCUCACUGGUCAGUCAAGUUUUGAACCGAAAAGCUUCAUCAAUAAUCGGAGAGAAAUAUCAUUAAAUUUUGUGGAUGGGGAGCAAGAAGAUGCUCAUGAGUACCUUCAGAGCUUGCUGACAAGCAUCCAUGAAUGUUGUGUGAGAUUAUCCAAAGUAGCAUCCAUGGAUUCUGAAAGCCUAAUCACUCAAGUUUUCGGUGGCAGACUUCGUAGUCAGACUAGGUGUUGUGAUUGUGGCCACAAAUCCGAAACAUUUGAACCAGUAACAGACUUAAGUCUAGAGAUCAGUGGUGCAAAUGACCCCUUCUCUGCCUUUGAGUCAUUUACAAGACUUGAAAUGAUUGAUGAUCCAGAGAACAGGUUCACUUGCAGUAACUGCAAUGCCAAAGUGACAGUGGAGAAGCAGAUGACAAUAGACAAUGCUCCACAAGUCCUAAUUAUUCAUUUGAAAAGAUUCAGCUUCAAUGGAAACAUCAUUAAGAAAAACUUUCAAGAAGUUGACUUCUCAUUGUCCAUGAACUUGUCUCCAUUUGUCAACAAUCAUGUAGAAGAAGCAGGAGAUCUAAACUACAGAUUAUAUGCAGUCAUUGUGCAUUUGGGUUCUCCUUCAUAUGGACACUAUGUAUCCUUUGUUCAUUCUGACAAGAAAAACUGGUACCUAAUGAGUGAUGAAAAGGUGAUGAUGACAAGAUUCGAAGAAGUGAAGAAGCAAAAAGCUUACAUUCUUUUCUAUGUGAAAGAGGGAAUUUCUUCAUCAUCUGUGAAAGAAUUCAUGAUUGAAAGGUUUAAAAGAAAUUUUAAAGCAGAAGAAGAGAGUUGCAGCUCCAGCACAUCUGAUGAGAGUGGUUGUAUUUCUGAUGAAAUGUCCAAUGUUUGCAGUCCUAAGGUUGAUGAGAAGAGUUUGCAUGACAAGAAGGCAGACACAGGUGAAGAUGAAGAGGUGAGCAACAAGAAUGAGGAAGAUGAGAAGAAGAAGAGGAAGGCUUUUGAUCUCAAAAUCAGUUGA